CGCGACACCAACAUCACUAUGAACUAUGAUGGUGUUAGGAAUUUUCUACGGAGUUUGGAUCUGUCACAGUAUUUUGAGAUGUUCAAGACGAAGGGAUAUGAACGGGAGUCCGAUCUGGUCGAUCUAGAUGAGAAGGAUUUGGAUGAUCUGUUGAUUACAGACCCAGAGCAUAGGAGAUUGGUGCUAGUUGCGUCUCAAGGUCUUGAAAUUUCACCAGAGGGAGCUUUACUGGACUUUCUGGUGGCCAAUGGGUUAGAGCAUUACUACGAGAACUUUCUCCACGAGCACCGUGACAUGGACAUGAUUGAAAACAUAGACACCACGCAGGCGAGGUCCUUCCAAGAACUAGAGAUCACACUGCCGGGACAUAGAAAGCGUCUCCACAGGGCAGUGACACAGCUGCGAAAGCGGCGGAAACUAAGCGCAGAGGCAGAAGACCCCGUGGCCACUGGGUACUGGGGUAAGCCGCGACCCCUAGCGGACGCCAAGAACGACUUUCUUUGCAUUCACGCUGCUAUUAAAGGGGUUGGUGAUGCAGACUACGAACAGAUGCUUGAGUUUAUGGUGGAUUCCGGAAGUGACGUCGUAACGGUGGAAGAGAGCACGCUGUCACGGCUACGGCUGGAACACCUGGGCACGGUAAAGAGCCAUGGUGUACACGCCACAAAGGAGAAACAGAUCUACAGGGCCAUGCUUAGGAUAGGACGGGAAGAGAUCGAAAUAGAGGUAAUGGGAGAGACUUACAACUCUUUAGGAAGCCAAGUAAUCCGCCAUUUCAGACACUAUAUCAACGGCAAUAGACACAUUUGGCUGAAAGGGACAAGGGACGAUCCAAUUGCCGCCAAACCACCGCCAUUAUUGUCUUCCUCAUCAUCAACGUCAUCAACAUCUCCUUCAUCAUCACCGCCUGCGGGUGUUACGUCACCAUCCUCAACUCUGACGUCACCAUCCAAAUCAACAUAAAUUUCUUUCAGAUAAGAUCACCAAGUUUAACCCAUUACAAGCAUUGUGCAAGUUCAAAUAAGAUCCAUAUUUUUAUAUUUAGGAAAUUCCAUUAAGUCUUUUGACAUUAUUGUCAAGAUUUCGGUGCUUGAACCUGCAGUGCUACAUGUAUUUGCGAUCAAUUUUAGUCGUUAUUGACUGAGUAAAAAUCCUGUGAUCUUAGAAUCUAACCGUCAAAAAAAUCUUCAAGGAAAGAUUUUUAGUGGCACAUUAUUGUCUUCCGAAAAAAAUUUUAAUAGGUAUUUUACAAAAAUGAAAUCACACAAAAAGGAUGUUAUUUUAAUUGACACUUUUGUGACUAUGCAAUAAUUUCUGUCCAUGAGAUACUGAUUUUUUAUGGAUAUUAUCCUUGAUAUCGACAGCUAUUGGAAAUGUGGUUUUUAGGAAAAGCAUAUGCCAAAAUAUGUUCUUAGUUAAAGACAGGAUUGAUGCUUUUAUGUUUAUAUGGUCACACCAUAUUUUGUGUGAAUUAUCGAUCAUUCUUUUUUUGUCGAAUAGUCGUAUUGAAAGAUCAACCCUCCUCCGCCUUCAACAAAAAACCAUAAAAUAAACAUGUGAUAUAUAUUGUGAGGUUUCCUUUGAAAUUCACAAAGACAAUUAUCCGUAUCUAACAAAAUAGGGGGCUGUUGCGUCAGUUGGGGAGAGGAGGAGGGGGGGGGGGUAAACCGUCAGAAUUUGACUGCUUCAGGCCAGUAGCCCCCUCUCCCUCCAAACAAGCAGACUCCCAAUUAAAUCCUUUACAGUUCUUUUAUUAAAAUAUGCUUUAUUUAACUUUUCUUAUUGAUCUCAUUUAGGUAAUAUUUUUAUAGUAUUUUAGUCGCACAAGUAAAUGUGUAAAGUUGAAGACGUCGUAAAACUGUAUAUUGUGUCAGUUGAAGAGACAUAACUUUUAGAAAAGUGGAAUCGCAAAGUUGGCGCAAUGCUUUUGUCCUUUUUACUGGCUUAUAAUGCUAGCUUUAUAAUACUAGCUUAUAAUGCUGUUGACAGUUAGAAACAAGACAAUUCAAUGUUGAUUUUAAAAGAUUCAAUAAAGACAUUC